AAAAGGGAAAGGAAUUAAAGUGGGCAUUGGUAUUUGUAAGAAUGGUGGCAUUUUAUAACCCCAGAACUGCUCUGUUUGGGUGUCUCCAUGUGACUUGAAAACAGCAACAAACACACACUGUCUCUCGCUCUAUUGAGAAGCUUAGAAAAUGAACCAGAGCUCCCAUGGCUUCUUCUUCUUCUUCUUCUUCUCUUUUCUCUUCAUUUUCCUUCUAUUUUCCCAAUCAGCCUCUGCCCGAUUCCCAGCAGCCAAACAGGGUCUAGGGGAAACCCACGAGAAGCUCACCCAUGGAGGGGUUCAAGCAGAUUCAUGGCCAGAUUUCCCCCAUAUAAUUGGAGGAAGGGAGAAGGGAGAAGAAGAAGAAGAAGGAUGGGAGAAGAGGAAGAUGAUGUUAGAAGCACACUUGGAUUAUGUUUACACACAGAAUGUGAAGCAUUGAAUCAAAUAGUAAUUUAAAGAUAUGUUUUAUGUACACAUCCAAAUACUACAGGAGUUGUUGUUUUUAUCCUUUUAUUAUAUGAUAUAAACUAUUAUUUAC